UUUACUCCAUUGUGUGUUUAAUGGUUUGAUGUUUGAUUCCUUUCUUUUACUGAAGAAUUGAGGUUAGGAUUGAGAUCUGUUGAAAGGUGGUAUUGGUUUUUUAAAAAAUCCUUGGAUUUCUCCUUGAGCUACAGGAAAAUUCUGGUCUCCUAGAAAUGGAAGGCGAUAAGGAUACCACAGAAGACGGACCUAAGAAGUCGUAUGCUGGUAUUCCAGAAGCAAAUUUUGUUGAUGAUGUUGAUGCCUUUAUGGCUUUGCCUGAGAAUAGUGGAGCUGUAGAUACAGUAUUAAAAAAGUUAGAUGAACAACACAGCAAAUAUAAAUUUAUGGAAUUGAACUUAGCCUCCAAAAGAAAAAGGUUAAGGUUGCAGAUUCCAGAUUUGGAGCAUUCUUUGAAAAUGAUUAAGAUGCUGCAAAAACAACAAAACUCACCAGAGGACUUUGAGGCUCAGUUUUUACUUUCAGAUCAAGUAUAUAUGAAAGCUGUGGUUCCGCCAACAGAUAAAGUUUGUCUUUGGUUGGGCGCCAAUGUUAUGUUGGAGUAUACCCUUGAUGAUGCUAUGGCUCUCCUGGUAAAGAAUAUCGAAACUGCAAAAAAGAAUUUAAGUCACGUGGAACACGACUUAGAUUUUCUUAGGGAUCAGUUCACUACCACCGAAGUAAAUAUGGCUAGAGUCUACAACUGGGAUGUAAAAAGGCGGCAAGCAGCUAAAGCAUCUACUUGAAGAUUGGACCAAAACAACAGAAAUUUUCCUAUAUAAUCUUGUUUAAUUUUAACACUACGUUGAUUGUAACUAAUAUUUUCGUUUUAAAGGUUAAUUUGUUUAACGCUUGAAUUAAUAAACCAAGCAAAAAAUUAAAAUGUUUCUAAUUUUG